AUGGGUUCUUCUUCAAAUCAUCACUUCUCUAUUCAUGAUCACCAUGAUCCGUAUGACCAAGAAUCUGACCAAGCAUGGGAUCAAGUCUUUGAGCAAGCUACCCGUGAGUAUGGUCGGCCUAGAAAAGAGAAGAAAAAGAAGCAAUAUAUAGAAAGAAACCGUGAGGAAGGCCAGGAACGCUUAUUCAAUGAUUAUUUCGCCGAAGAUGCCACAUACCCGGCGCAUAUGUUCCGUCGCCGUUUCAGAAUGAACAAAUCCUUGUUCCUGAAAAUAGUUGAUCGACUCUCCACUCAAACUACAUUCUUUUCAACACGACCGGAUGGUUUGGGAAGGAGUAGUUUAACAGGACUACAAAAGUGCACAGCAGCUAUCCGUAUGUUGGCUUAUGGUUGUGCGGCUGACAAGAAUGACGAAUACCUUCGGAUCGCUCAAACUACUACACUCUUAUGUGUAGAAAAUUUUGUGGAUGAAAUCAUAUCUUUGUACGGGAAAGUAUCUAAGAAGACCCACAAAAAUGAUCUUAAACGGCUACUUGACGUUGGAGAGGCACGUGGAUUUCCCGGAAUGAUAGGGAGCAUCGACUGUAUGCAUUGGGAGUGGAAGAAUUGCCCAGCUCCUUGGGCAGGACAAUAUACGCGUGGCUCUGCAAAACCAACAAUUGUUUUAGAGGCCGUAGCUUCACAUGAUCUUUGGAUUUGGCAUGCGUUUUUUGGAUGCCCAGGUACCUUAAACGACAUCAAUGUUCUUGAUCGUUCACCCGUUUUUGAUGAUAUUUUACAAGGGCGAGCUCCACCAGUGAGUUACUAUGUCAAUGGACGAAAAUAUAAGUUGGCUUACUAUCUCACAGAUGGUAUUUAUCCUAAAUGGGCAACUUUUAUGCCAACAAUUAAAGAUCCACCUGAUCCCAAAUCAUCGUUAUAUGCUGCGUUUCAAGAACAUUAUCGGAAAGAUGUUGAACGAGCUUUUGGAGUCUUGCAAGCUCGAUUUGCCAUCGUGAAGAACCCGGCUCUUUUUUGGGAUAAGGAAAAGGUUGGAAAAAUUAUGAGAGCAUGUAUCAUACUGCAUAAUAUGAUAGUUGAAGACGAACGGAUGGAUACACUCUUAUCAAUGUAUCUGAAUUCGAGCAAGGAGGAGGAAGCACUUCACAAGUGGAUAAUCCGAUCUUUACGGAUAUGGAUACAACUCUAG